GUCAGACCAUCAUCUAAUCCAUCUUCUCUAAGAGCCAUGGAAAAGCGUCAGGGGCGUCACAUUCAUCUCCUGUGUCGCACACAUCAUUUUGAUUGGUCUGUGAGCAACGACGCUGUAGUAACCAAAAUCGCCACUCCAAACGGACACACUCUGAUGAGCCUGGACUCCGAGCGCAGUCUAGAAAAAGCUCCAGUGGCCAUGCCGGAGGCCCCGGUAGAUAGCCCAUGCUGCUCUCCUGUUUCAGCGGAACAGAAACCCAUGGUGAAUAAUGGACCAGGCAUACUAGAUGGGAACACAAAAGAGUUACCAGCACGAAAAGAAGACAGGGAACCCUGCUCCUACUCCUCUCCAUCAUUUUCCAGCAGUCCUACUCCCCCUCACUUCAAACCGAAACCCUACCGCACCAAGACUAGCAUGCAGGGCGAUGUCUACAAUUUCCUAGAGAGACCCGCAGGCCUGAAAUGCUUCCUCUAUCACUUCCUGGUGUUCCUCAUGGUCCUCAUAUGCCUCAUCUUCAGUGUGCUCUCCACCAUUGAACAGUAUGCAGAAUUUGCCACUGGGACUCUAUUCUGGAUGGAAAUAGUGCUGGUGGUGUUUUUUGGUACGGAGUACAUGGUGCGGCUGUGGUCAGCAGGCUGCAGGAGCAAAUACGUGGGCAUCGUGGGAAGACUGCGCUUUGUUCGUAAACCCAUCUCCAUCAUAGAUCUAAUAGUGGUGGUUGCCUCAGUUGUGGUACUCAGUGUGGGCUCAAACGGACAAGUUUUCGCCACCUCUGCAAUAAGGGGAAUCCGCUUCCUGCAGAUUUUGCGCAUGCUCCAUGUGGAUCGUCAGGGAGGCACCUGGAGACUUCUGGGUUCUGUAGUCUUUAUUCAUCGACAGGAGCUGAUUACGACUCUGUAUAUUGGCUUCCUGGGUCUGAUCUUCUCCUCGUAUUUUGUGUAUCUGGCGGAGAAAGACACGGUGGACGAAGAGGGGAAGACUGGCUUCUCGAGUUAUGCAGAUGCACUCUGGUGGGGCGUUGUUACCGUGACCACAAUAGGCUACGGAGACAAAGUUCCUCAGACUUGGAUAGGGAAAACCAUUGCCUCCUGUUUUAGUGUGUUUGCUAUCUCCUUCUUUGCUUUGCCAGCGGGUAUUCUGGGCUCGGGGUUCGCCCUGAAGGUGCAGCAGAAGCAAAGACAAAAGCAUUUCAACCGCCAAAUCCCAGCCGCCGCUUCACUAAUACAGACACUGUGGCGAUGCUAUGCAUGCGAGAAACCCAAUGGCUGUCCAGCUACGUGGAAAAUAUACGUCCUGAUUGGGGAGUACAUCCCGGUUCUAAACUCUGAGAACUCCAGUCCUGGAAACCUCCGAAAACUUAACAGACGAUACAGGCGGAGGCUGAAGUCAACACGCGAUAAUGGUUCUCUGGGAAACUCGGGAGAAAAAACCCUGUCCAUCCCUCAGAUUACUUAUGAUCAUAUAGAUGACAAGGAGGACAAGCGAGACAUGCCUUUCUUCUUGGAGGAAUCCACAGGUAUCACUAAGAUGUUCAGACAGACAGUUCGAAAAAAGUUAGAUGGACCUCCUGAUAUCUCGCGCACCAGCAGUCUAGUGGAAGACAUGGACUUCGCCAGUGAAUAUAUCCCACUCCCCAUGGUGACAGAUGCUUCACAGCUUACUCAUGCGCAUCGAUCUGCAAUCAAGGUCAUACGGAGAAUGCAAUAUUUUGUAGCUAGACGAAAAUUUCAGCAAGCGAGGAAACCAUACGACGUGCGAGACGUGAUCGAGCAGUAUUCCCAGGGCCACCUAAACAUGAUGGUCCGCAUUAAAGAGCUGCAGAGACGGAUGGACCACACGUUGGGAAAGCCAGGAAUGUUCCUGCCAGAAAAAGGAGUGGACAAGGAGUACCACACUAUUGGAGCCAGGCUGAUCAGGCUCGAAGAUAGGAUGCUUCAGAUGGACCAUAAACUAGAGAGCGUCCUGAAGAUCCUGGUAAAGCAGUUCCAAAUGGAACAAGAGCUGCUUACGGAACCGACCCGCAGCAGUUCCCUCUUAAUAAAACGCCUUACUGGCAGCAUGGAAAAAGAACAAUGAGAGCAGGCAAGAUUGGAAGACAUCUUUUAAUAAGGAUUGCGACGUCUAUGUCUUUUUUUUUGUUUAAAAAAUGCUAAGAACUUAUGAAAAGUUGAUCUUAAACACACUGAGCAAGCAAGAGAGUUUCACUUGCUAUGAAUCUUCCAAAGAUAACAUGCUACGUGUUGAGCACCUUAUUAGCUUGCAGCAGAGGGAAGUCAGUCAGAGUUCGCUUUCAUAUUCGAUAUCCAUCAGCUUUUAUUUAAAAAAUCCUGACGUUUUUUUGGGGGGGAAAAUCCUGCUACAUGGGCACAUGUCAAGAGAAUGGUUGCCAUCUAAGCUACUGAGGCGGCGAGGGUAGAAGGAUUGAGUUUAUUCUUUCCACAUGUUAAUGUGCAUGUUAGUGAGUGUGAACACGUUUUGCAUGAGUUCCAUUUACCACUGAUAAAUAGAUACGGCUGAGAUAAUCAAAACAGCAAAACACUGCUAAUGGGGUUUUAUGGACGUAACUGGAAUGCAAGAAAGGAAGAGGGAGAGCUGUUUGAGGUUGCGGAUUCGUGCGAGCAGUGCCAAGGCUUUCAACAGAAUAUUCAUUUUACAAAUUUACUCCCAUUAAGUGUGCGAUUAUUAUUUUUUCUCUCACUCCAGCCAUUUGAAUGCAAAACUGCUGGUAAAGGUGAAAUGGCUAGAUGCCAGCUGUCAGCGUUCGAUGAAAGGAAACUAUAGUUAAAAAAAAAUAAAAAGAGAUUUGCUUUUAGUAACCGCACUGCAGAAGGCGCAAAGGGGGAAACCGAGAAUUAAGGUGCCCUGCACUCCAUUCACAAGUCACGCUCAUCUGCUGGCACUUUGCCUGGCACAAAACAAAUUGGUUUCUUUUUUAAUGGGCUAAUUGAACAUUUUCUUUCAUCAGCAGGCUUCACAGAGAGAAGAGACCUCAUUAAAGGGGAAAGUUAGUGUAAGAUGAGUGUUUCUUCUUAUUCUUAUUCUUCUCUUCUUUAGGCUUUGAUCUAGAAACUCAGAUGGAAAUAAAUUUCGAGCAAAAUUUAAGCUGUGAUUAUCUCACACUGCUCUGUACAGUUUUCUAAAUCAUGUAAAUUAUGGAGCAUUUCCUCAUCACCUUCUAUCUCCCAGAUGUAGUGAUCACCAUU